AUUGGUCGAUGGCUAACCCCACAUUAACAGAGGGUCCUCCUAAACAGAGUCACACUGAGAAGCGGCCAGAUGAGCAUCUACCACCUCCAACUGGUCGGGAUAGACCACCACGAGGUGUCAACCAGGCCGUCCCUGCAGGUAAGUGACCUCGCGCAGCGCAUAAACUGAAAGGUGCUGAUAACGGCAUGGCAGAGCAAGGUGGUCCAACAGAACGUCUCACUACUGUGGGAAGCCGAGCGGCGCUCGCCCCGCAGCUCCAAAGCUCGCAGCCACAACCCUUAGCUCCCGCGCCCGACUCGCGGACGAUUGUCGAUAACGAUCCAUUCGAUGACCCUCCCACCGCUGCAGAGACUAUGACCGGUGCAACAUCCCAGGACCUCUACAGCGGCAUCGGAAAGCCUAUGAUGGGUCAGUCGAGCGCUGAGAUUCACCAUGACGGCCACCAGCACCGCAAGCGGGCAAUGCAGGGUCACGACCAGUACGGCACUUCAGCUAACCUGAUGAACAGGGAUGGCGUUGACCUGUCAGGCUGGAGGGAAGAGUAGAACGUUGGCCGGUACCACACGAAAUCGCAUAAAAUCUCUAGCGAUGUAUUUGUAUUAAAGUUCAAGUGAAUGACAGUUAUCAGCAUUUGCGACGACC